AUGGCGGAAGGCCAAGAUGCACGAGGGCGUGAGCAUGUCUCGCGUGUUGCGACUGAGCUCUACACUGCUUCGUACUUGAUCCUGUUCUCGAUACUGGGAACGCUAGCCCGAUUGGGCCUCCAAUGGCUCACGUUCUAUCCCGGCGCGCCCGUGUCGUUUUCUGAAUUAUGGGCGAACGUUGGAGGAACCCUGGUGAUGGGAUUUCUUGGGGAGGAUAGGAAGCUUUUCGCUCAGGAAUGGGGGAAGGAGACCGCUGCAGAGGUCGGGAGGGAACUGACAGAUGAAGAGAAAGCGCUCGAGGGAGUCGCGGCAAAGGCAUCACACGCGAAGGUCAAGAAGACGAUUCCAUUGUACAUCGGCCUUGCAACCGGAUUCUGCGGAUCAUUCACCAGCUUCUCGAGCUUCAUGCGAGACACAUUCCUCUCAUUAUCAAACGACCUACCCUCACCCAUCAACCACCCGUACCCUCCCGGAGCACCCAUCAGCACAUCCAGCACCGUCGCUCGACAUGGCGGCUACAGCUUCAUGGCCGUCGUCGCCGUCAUCGCCACCACCAUAGCCCUCUGCUACGCCGCCCUCCGCGUCGGAAUCCACCUCGCCAACUACAUCGACCGCUUCACGCCGACCCUCCCCUUCCACUUCUUCCGCCGCUUCAUCGACCCGCUCUUCGUCCUCAUCGCCUGGGGCGCCUGGAUCGGCGCCAUCAUCAUGGCCGUCUUCCCGCCUGACCGGCCCUCCGGCCCCGCCAGCAAAGGCAGCACCUGGUCCCACGAAACCUGGCGCGGCGAAGCCAUCUUCGCCUGCGUCUUCAGCCCGCCCGGCGCGCUCCUCCGCUACUACGCCAGCCUCAAGCUCAACACCAUCGUCCCGUCCUUCCCGCUCGGCACCUUCGCCGUCAACAUCUUCGGCACCGCGGUCCUCGGCAUGGGCUACGACCUCCAGCACGUCCGCAUCGGGUCCGCGCUCACGGGCGGCGGCAGAGUCGGCUGCCAGGUCCUGCAGGGCGUCAUGGAUGGGUUCUGCGGGUGCCUCACGACGGUGAGCACGUGGAUCGCGGAGAUCAAUUCGCUGCCGAGGGGGAAGAGCUGGGUGUAUGCGGCUUGCAGUGUGGGUGUGGGGUUGAGCACCAUGGUCGUGAUUAUGGGGAGCGUGAAGUGGACGGUGGGGUUUUCGGCGCCCGCGUGCGUGACGUGA